AUGGCGCACUUAUUUGAAAAUAUUUACUUUUAUAAUGGUUUUAAUUAUAAAAUAAUUGAAACUGAGGAGAUACAUAAUUUGUUAGGAGAUGUAAAUUACUUCGAGAACUAUAUUUUGGAAAAUUCCAACUGUAUAGAAAUUCAGAGUGCUGAAGAUGACGUCAAAGAAAAUAAAGUCGAGCCUUUCUUAUGGAACCCCCAAGGAACAAAGUUGUUGCUUCAAGCAUACUUGGACAAAAGAGAUUUGUUUCGGGAUCCAAAAAUAAAAAAAAAAGAAUUGUGGGGCCAAAUUCGUGCCAUUUUUAAAAAUCAUGGUUACAUUGUGACGGAAGAUAUCCUAGACAAAAAGUUCCGAAACAUGAAAUGUCAUUAUAAAACAAUAAAAGACAACAAUAAAAAAACAAAAACAGGACAAGGAAGAGUAAAAUGGGAGUAUUUUGAUAUUAUGGACAACAUAUUUCAGGAAGACAAAACCAUUAAUCCCGAUGAGGUUUUGUCUUCAAUGAGUCUAAACCUACUGCAUGUGUACAAUAAACCCAUAAAAAGAAAGUUAAAUGAACUUAAAAGUCUCCCUACCAUACCAAAAUCUUUAAAUGAUGACCCUCAACCAAUCACUGGUAAGAUGGUGAGUAUAGACGACCCUCAACCAAGCACUAAUAAGCUGGUGAGGAUAGAUGACCCUCAACCAAGCACUAGUAAGAUGGUGAGGAUAGAUGACCCUCAACCAAGCACUAGUAAGCUGGUGAAGAUAGACGACACCACGUUAAAUACACCAACCACAAAAAAAUCAUUGCAAAAUCAACUGAAAAGCUCUGAAGGAAAAAAAUUAUACAAACUCCGACAAAACAUGGCAGAGUUAGAAAAUAGAAGAGUUUUAGCUCUAGAAAAAAUAGCCAGGGAAUUGGAAGAAAAUAAUAAAAUUCAGAGGGAAAGGAAUAAUUUAAUAAAACAACAUUUAAAUGUAGACAAAUCAUUAUAA